AUGGACGUAAGAAUUGAAGAGUUAAAUAAAUUAAGAUCUUAUACAGAAGAAAUUGAUAAAGAUUUGACAAUGAUACUACAAAGUGUUCAAUGGGAUAGAAAACAAAUUUUGCAGCAUCCUGCAAUGGUUUCAUGCAAAUAUGAUGUCAAUCAUAAAAUCUGCCCUGACAACAUCGAAAGGCAUGAGCAAGAAUGUGUACUCCGACUUCAUGGAUACAGUCAAGAUGAUCAAUUUUUGCCACAUCCAUUAAGCAGUAGUGCCAGUACAUUAAUGAAACUUGGUAAAGAAGAUAUUUUACACAUAAUUGACAAGGCAGCACAUUCAGAUCCCACAUUCAAGAAAGGUAAAGUUAAUGCACAAGUUUCCUUAACACAAGGCGUGGGUAGUGGCGACCUGGAGCCGCAGACCCUGGGGCGGCUGCAGUGCACUUAUUCUGUGGACGAGCGCAGAGCUAUAUAUGACGCCGUUGUUGCUGCUGCACCAUCUUGUCACGACCUGACUGAUUUAGCACUACCAAGUGUUGGUGAUGAUGGUCAGACUACAAAGACGAAGACACGCAUGGAAAUCCUGGCGGAGUUACGGGACAUGCGGCGCCGGCGCACCAAAUACCGUGUUGCACCUAAAUCGCGAAACUAUUCUGAUGUGCUGCGUGACGUUAUAAAGACACAGAUGGAAAUGUACAAUGAAGUUCUAGGCGAGGUAGAUACUAAACCAGAUGUUAAUGAACUAAAUGCAAAUAUAACCGAAGAGGCAAACCAAGAACCAAAUGAAGAUACACAUUCAAAAGCUGACAGUAGAGGUAAACAGGCACAUAGACGAGAAUUUAGUAAGCGAGAGAGAGACAGAGAUAGUGAAAAGAGUACGAGAGAAAAAGAUAACACAGAUAAUAAAAAUAGAGACGACAGAUAUAAUAAGGACGACAGAGGUAGAAGUGAUAGGCAUCAAGACAGGUGUAGAGACAAAAGGCUUGAAAACGAACAUAAUAAAAUGAGGGACAGAGAUGAUAAUAGAGUGCACAGAGACAAGUCUAGAGACAGACAAAGAGACAGAUCUAGAGAAAGAAAGUACGAUACAAGACGGGAUAGAGAUUACAAGAGAAAGGAAAGACACGCUUAUGAUUCAAAAUACAGAGAACAUAAAGAAAGAGAUAGACCAAAUGAUGAACGGAAGUCUAUAGAUAGAGGCAAGAAAGAACAAAGAGAUUCAGAUACCGAAAGAGCUAGAAAUUUAAUUUUAGAAAUAAAACGUGAAAUCGAGUCUAUUGAAGAAACAGAAGAUAUGUCUUACCAACGAGAUAAUAAUGAAAAUUCUGACAGAGUAAACCAGGAGAAGCAUUCUGGUGGAAAUAAUUGCCAUAGCAAUGAUUAUCAUAGAUAUUCAGAGAUUGAUUAUGACCGUAAAGACAGAUCCAAAAAUAGAAAUAGUAAAGAAAAGGAUCAUAAGAGGCACAAAGAUAAAAGAGAAAGUGAUAUGAAAGAACACAGAGCCAAACAUGAAAGGCAUAAAAGGAGUCGUAGAGAUAGGAGUUAUGAUAAAGAUGUUAAGAGAUCCCGUACAGAAGAGAAGCAUAGAACUUAUUAUGCAAUUUAUGCCGAACUAGAUAGUCGUAAACACAAGGGAAAUGGACAUGAACAGAAUUAA